AACUACCUUUCUAUAUAUUGUCAAAUCUGUCAUGCCCUAUCUUUUUGCUAAUCACAUUUUUUCCUUAAGAAAAACCAUGAGUAGAGGUGAAAGUUAUGGUGGUGGGCAAAGCUCCUUGGGCUACUUGUUUGGCUCGAAAGAAGGGCAACCGGCGAAUAACCCUCCUCCAUCACCAUCUAAGGCUAUAAACCCGCCUUAUGGUACCGACAUAGAAGAAGAAAAUUCCUCUCCACAAAAGGUAGACAACACCAACAAUAACUAUCAUAGAGCACAAGGCCCUAAUUCAGGAAAUUUCAUCACUGAUCGUCCAUCAACCAAAGUGAAAUCUGUUCCGGGAGGAAAUUCGUCACUCGGGUACUUGUUUGGAGAUAAGUAGUGAUUCCCUUGUGCUCCAAACUUGGUGUUACCCUAACUCCCUAAGCUAUGUGAAAUAGAUCUAUAUAUAAUUGAAUGUUUUUUUUUUUUGGUGUGUGAAUUUGUGAUGUGCCUUAAAUAAGGGGUUUUUUUUAGCUUGUAUGUUGUUCACUUAGCUUGUUGUGUGCAAAGAGUUUGAUUGAUGUACUUAAUUAAAUAUAUUCUAUUCCGGUUGCAUCGUAUGUACGUGUGAAUUCUUCUAAUUCUAGGGUUUUACUAUUUGUAAAAUGUAAAUUUUCCAAAAUUUAUUAAUGAAUUUCUCAUCUGUGUCAAAAUUAAAGCUAUUA